AUGGAUGGUGUAGGGUCACCACCUGAUUCAGCUUCAGAUUCAUUCUUCACGCCCCUUGUGAUCUCCAUGGCAGGCAUAGUUUCUGCCUCUCUAGCCAUUAUUUCAUUCCAUCAAUUUAUUAUUAGAUAUUGCUUGAGACGGCUAUUGAGGUCAUCUACUGAUAUUAUUUCUGCCUCGGAACCACUUCCCAAUCUGCAUUUUCCCUCCGGGGUCGAAGAGAAAAUCCUCGUUACAAUUCCGAUUCUCUCUUAUUCGACAACGAAUGACACGAAAAAUGCCUUUCGUGUCGAUCAAACCGAGUGUGUGAUCUGCCUUGGAGAGCUGGAAGAUGGGGAAAUGGUACGCCUGUUGCCUAAUUGUAGGCAUGCAUUUCAUGUAGCAUGCAUCGAUAAUUGGUUUUUAAGGCACUGCAGCUGCCCCAUUUGCCGGUCACCUCUUGUUGAAGAAAGGACUAGUUUAGAUGUCGCCACGCCUGUAACUCACGAAAUCACAAAUGAAGACGGGGUUCAUGAUUCGAAUCAGAUUAAUGGGCACAACGGUGGUAGCUUAACUAGUAGUAGCACCAGCGAUGGAAGUGAGUCGAGUGAUUCAUCAAUGGAGGAACGUCCGAAUGCGUUGCUAAGACAUAGUGUGUCAUUAUUGUUACCAUGUGAAGUGAAACCACCAUGUUUGGCUCUAGCGUUGAAGAGAUCCUUAUCCAUGGAUCAGUAUUUUGUGCUUAUUAAUACACCAAGUGAGAUUAGAAAGGAAGAAUCAUCAUCUUCGUCGUCUUCUUCAUCAAGAGAUUUGUUAAUGAAAAGUAGAUCAUAUGGGGCACGAUAUUUGUCGUCAAGAUUAGAGAGGUCGUUCUCACAACUAAGGAUGGGCAGGAGUAGCACCACACCUAAUGGAAUUCUUCCUUAUUGA